AUAACGAGCUGGCCAAAUUCUUUAUAAUCUGUGCCAAAUAGUUUUUAACCAGGUUAUCUCUGUUUUAACUAAGCUAAAGGCUAACGGUCCGUUCCUUCUUUGAUCUGAAAAAACGUCUUAGUAACGGAGACGUUUUUUCAGAUCAAAGAAGAAGAAGAAGAAUUAGUUCAAUGCUUUGUGUUUUGAGGUUAAUCAAUACAAUAAAUUAUUUUUAAUGAUGGGAAAAGUUUGUUGUGUUCCGGGAUGCAAUGUUACAAAUCGUAAAGUGAAAAGAAGUAUUUUCCAAGUGCCCAAAAAUGUAGAAUAUAGACAAAAAUGGUCAGAAAUUUUAAACUGCCAAUUAACGGAAAAGUCAAAUGUGUGUGAACGACAUUUUAGUGCAUCUGACAUGAAAAGUGCGUAUUUUGGAGCGGUUAAUGGAAGGGUCCUAUUGAAUGUGCCGUUUGUGAGGAAAUCGUUAAAACAAAAUGCCUUGCCUGUUUGUGAACAGGAUAGUAACAAAGAAUGUUUUACAAACACUGGGUUGGCGGAAAAUUAUAAUUUUGCUUUAAAGAUAAAAGAAGAAGAUCCUCUUUCUUUAGACAAUAUAACACCAAUAAAUGUUCCGGAAAGUAAUAAGGAUUUACAAAGUACAAAUAGUAAAUUAUAUAUGGAGUUUAAAGAAAGAUUAUUAAAAGAAGACUAUGAUAUCAAAUUACCUGUGAUGUGGAGUUUUUACAAGAACGCAAGUACUAUGAAUGUAAUAUUUUAUUAUAUGGAAGAAGUUCCUCUUGAAAAUAAUUCAAAAUUGUUGGUAAUCAAGCCCAAUAAAAUGAUAUCUUUUGGAAAAGAAGAAAUAAGCUUAAUAAUUAGAGAUAGUGUGAUCAAAGAAACUGAUAAAUUUCUAUCUACCUCAAAACCAACAAAUUUACAAGAACUGGAGCACAUUCUCAAAAAAGUGGAUGCAUACAACAUUUGUCAAGGAGGCCCACCAUCUACUUCUUUUAAUAAUGUGCGUUCUGAAUGUGGCUUCAAAAGUGGACCAACUUGGAGACAUAAAGAUUGUUAUUUAAUUCUUGACAAUGCCACAACAUGUCCAAAGUGUAUUUCGCUUUAUCAAAGAUUGUCAGAUGCUGCUAAUAGAGCAAACAGAAAGUCUUAUUGCUCAAGAAUAAAAGUAAAAUCAGGAUUAUUAACAUCCACAACUGACAUGACAUGAACAAAAAAAAGAUCACAAUCUUUAAGAAAGAAAAAUAUGCUUGUAGAAUAAUAUUAUUUCGUCGAGAUGUGAGACUUUUAAAACUGGAAAAUGAAUUUAUAACUACUCAAGAGAAAAUGAAAAGUUUGCAAUCAAAGGAUUUAAGUCUAAUUAUCAAAGAAAACCAAGCUUAUAUUUCUUAAAAUCAAGUAAGAAUAUAACAUUUGUUUUUUAUGAAUAUUUUUUUGAAAAUUAUUUUUAAAUUUAAUGUAAUUUUAC